AUGUCUUGGGACCUGCUGAGGCGGUUCAUCGAGAGCGAUGUUUUCAACCAGAAUCCAUCCCUUUCGGUAUCCUAUCUUUCACGCUAUGCGGACCACGUUGGAAUACACUAUGUUCUCUGCUCGAAACUCCGGCAGUUUAGCUACGAGGAGAUCGAGUUCUUUCUACCGCAGCUAUGCCACCUCAUCAUAAGCGUUGACAAUGAGUCUAUGGCUUUGGAAGAAUUUAUUUUAGAUCUUUGCGAAGAAUCGGUCAACGCCGCUCUGCUGACAUUCUGGCUUUUCCAAACCUACCUCCAUGACCUCUCGGCAAACCCCCAAUCCGAAUCGUUCAAAACAUGUAGAAGGAUAUAUAACAAAGUACAGCACAUUGUAUUCGGGGUGGUGGAACGGUCGAGAACUGAGAAGAUUACGGAGAAUGUAUUCCCAGUCACGGUACUUGCUAGCUUUAUGCCCGCCAUCUUAGGGAUGCCAGCUUUCGCAAAGUGGGCUAUACCGCUAGCUGUUUCCCAAGCAAGGAAACCACACUCUACGGGUGACAUUAUAUCAGACGGGGGCCAAACGCCGAAGAUCCUUCGCAGCCAUACAACCACUCCGCGAUCUACGCGUUCGAAAAGGGCCAAAGAACCUAGAAUUGCGAGCGCACCAAUUAACGGUCCAAAUGGGGCCCCACGUCCUAAGGCAGCACGCGCUGCCUCUUUGGAGAGACCACAUUCCUCUAGUCAACAAGUCCGCUCUGACACACGCCCACGCCCAGCUCGCCUCGACCUACAGGCGCUCGAUCCUCGGCUUAGUUCAUCGUCACUACCAUUACCCGAUUCCCGGUCCCCUAGGAUGGCGGUAACGAGGCCUACAACCCCAGCCACUGCUGGCCUUACUCGGCGGAACCCUGACCUCACAACUCGGACACAUUCUUAUCCCGCAAGACCACUUACGCCAUCAGCAUUAAAUGAUGAACAAAAGUUUAAGCUACUACGUCAGAACUACUUUCGAUGUGAAACUCAGUUCUUAACAGCUCUAGAAGAUAUCUCGAAUCGAUUGGUGAUCGUCCCGAAAGCUGCUCGUCUAAGUGCCCUACGUGCCGAGCUCGCUCUUAUUGCUCAAGAUUUGCCAGCUGAAGUAGAUAUUCCGGUUAUUUGCCCUCCAACUUUAGUAGAUGGAAUACCAAGCAAGAGCCGCCACCACCGUAUCGUCCGAUUGAAUCCCGCCGAAGCAACGGUCUUGAAUAGCGCAGAGAAGGUUCCCUACCUGCUCAUGGUUGAAGUCCUUCAUGACGACUUUACUUUUGACCCUACUACCGAUGACAACAAGAAGCUGUUGGGCAAACUUUUGUCACAGCAAGGAGCAGGACGAAAACGAAUUUUCGACCUGGCCGAGUCGGCUCACGUGCACCAUGGCGCAAAACCCGACGGCACUGCUUCAGACAGUGUCUUUGAGCCUGUCUCUGGAGACCUGGGAAGCUCUCCAUUAAUAAAAUCGCUCGAUGAUCUAUCUAUAUCAAAAGAGAGUACGCCAUCUACACCUUCACAUCUGCGACCCCUUGCCUCUCACCCUCCACGGCCCUCGAAUGACGCCGCCACAUUGUCCACGAACUCAACAACUCCCGAGGGUUCUAGAUCUUCCACACCCCGACCGACGAGUCCGGGCCCGUCCCGCAAGAUGACGCUUCCGAGCUAUGGCAGGUCCAGAGCUCCCGAUCAACCAGACUUUUCCGCGUUGGCAACUCAUAUGCGGACAGCAUCACAAAUGCUCACGCAGUUGGACUCUACCGGUGCCAAGAGGCCGAAGAGCGAGGUUGCUGCUAUUCGUGCUAAGAUUAUCGCCAGUAUGCAAAGCCUUGAAGAGCAAAGCUUCGAAACGGAAGAUCCUUCAAACGCACCUACGUUUGACGUGAUAAUGGCAAACGCUAGCGUCGCAGCAGCAAAUGCUAAUCCGGAAGACAUCGAAGAAGAAAGCAUGUCCGAGCCGGCCUUGAAUAGCGGUGCUGGAGCUGCGCGUAUGGAGAAUGAUCAAAAAACAGGUGGGGUUCAAAGAGAGGGCGAUAGAGAUGAUCCAAGCGCCGCCACAUUUGGCGAGGCCUGGAAUGUGAAGAAGGAAAGGAUUCGCAAAUCAUCGCCGUAUGGCUGGAUGAAGAACUGGGAUGUUCUCAGUAUUAUUGUUAAGACUGGGGCAGAUUUAAGGCAGGAAGCUUUCGCCUGCCAACUGAUACAGGUCUGUGAUAAAAUCUGGCAGGAAUCGGAAACUCCAGUCUGGGUGAAAAGAAUGCGGAUCCUGGUCACUGGGGAAUCAUCCGGUCUAAUUGAGACCAUUACCAAUGGGGUCUCCCUGCACUCCCUUAAGCGAAGCUUAACGCUUGCUACCAUUGAAGCGGGGCAGAAUCCUCGACGACGGAUUGCCACGUUGAAAGACCACUUUGUGAAGACAUUUGGAGCACCAGAAAGUGAAGCAUACAAAACUGCUGCCGAUGCAUUCAAGCGAUCUCUUGCCGCCUAUAGUAUCAUCUCCUAUAUUCUGCAACUCAAGGAUCGACAUAAUGGCAAUGUCCUUAUUGACAAUGAGGGUCAUAUCAUACACAUCGAUUUUGGCUUUAUGCUGUCCAAUUCCCCGGGCUCUGUUGGCUUCGAGGCGGCACCUUUUAAAUUAACACAAGACUAUGUUGAUGUCUUGGGUGGUGUCGGAUCCCCCGAGUUUGAUGAAUAUAAACAAUUGUGCAAGCAGGCAUUUCAAGCCCUUCGUCGAUCUGCGGAUAAUUUAAUCGACUUGGUGAACAUAAUGGGACGGGAGUCCAAAAUGCCAUGCUUUUCAUAUGGGGUUCUACAGGCAACAAACAGCUUACGGCAGCGGUUCCAACUCCAGCUUAGCGCCGACGAGGCUGAGCAGUUUGUGGAAACAGACUUAAUAGGAAAGUCAUUGGGGAGUUACUAUACACGACUUUACGACACAUUCCAAUAUCGUACGCAGGGGAUAUAUUAG